AGGAAUGUAUCUAUCCUUUUGCUGAACAUCUGUAACACCCUGUCCCCGAGGUGUGACCCUCACGUAACCCGGCAGAGGAUGUCCCGAAUCCUACCUCCCCAUCUCUGUCUCCCUUCAUUCUAACCACCCUGGGGCUGUUUUCCAGUAACUAAAUGCAGGAAAUUCUCAUACAUGUUGAAACAGAACAGUUGUUCCUAGGUUUUACAAGUGCAAGUAUGACCAGAAAACGACCUGCAGAACUACUGAUAGUUUGGGACAGAAAGGAGGGCAGAAGAAACACAUGUGAGUAUUCCUUUGUGAAAAUGCAAAGUGACACACAGGCACUUGCGCUUCCCGUCUUUGUGAGAAAAGAUACGCCUGAAAGGCAGCGACAGAUCGAAAGAUGAGCAUUUGUCAAGUCACCGGAAAACUUUCAAGGAAUAACAGCUUGGUGUCAAAAUAAUCACUUCUCUUUUCCAUGUGAAAUAAUCUGUCUCUGAAAACUAAACCCUUGGUGUGUGCAUGAACUCCUUUGAAGUGUCUGGGACUGGUAUAAGCGAGGACUGUUCUCCAGGCAGAACUAAUUCCCAGGGCUUCAAACAGAAACAAAGCUCGCACCCACCAGCCUGUAACGUCAGGCGUCAGUUGUUUGCUUGAAGCCAUAAUAAUGGAGAUUCACAAACUGAGCGUUCUCCUGCUGCCAUGCUGCAAAGGAGCCCUGGACAGCCAAGCGGAGGGGUGGCAUCCCCAGAGGGAUGCAUUUCUUCUUGCAUGACCUGUGUUUUUAGGUUUCUUGCGCUCCCUAGAGCUUUCCUCUGGGCCCUUUUUUGGUCCUGGAAGCUGCUCUAAAGUCUCCACAGAGUCUUCUGUUCUCUAGGCUGAACAACCUCAACUCUCUCAGCCUCUCUCAGCGAAGCAGCGCUCUUACAGCUUGGCUUUUCCACGAAACAUGGUUCAGCCACUGGUAACAUUUUCAAAGAUUUUUCAGAAGAUUUUACUUGAUUUUCUACUGAGCUAAGGAUAACAGUUUGCCUGGUUAUUCCACUCCCUGGCAUGCCACUACCUCUCGACUUGUACAUGCUCUGCACGUCCUUUCCGAUCUACACAGCUGUGAUAAGCUGCUGAGCUGAUAAGGGAGCAGAUCGGCAUCUGUCCUGUAAAACCCAACCAAGUGGAAGUUCAGCUUUCCACCACGUAACCACCAGAUGCUGCAGAGCAUCUAUAGUUCAUUUGGUGAAGUUUUGCUGACACACGCUGCUCUGUAGGCUCCCUAAAAUGGAAUUUUUAGCCCUUUCCUCAACACCUAUUGCUGGAAAAAACAGCUAAACCUCAAGAGUACGGAGACCUGAAUCUGACCUGAGACAGCUAUGGCUUUUGUUCCUGGGGCUCACCUACUUUUUCCAAGUGUAGGAGCUGGUAUAUUUAGCUGUGAACUUUGUUUUCCGAUGGCCUUGUGGGGGGUGUGGCAGCAGAGCCCUUCUCAUGAGUGAACAGCAGUGCUUUUACAGCUAACUAAGAACCUGAUUGCUUCCUCCCCUGAAACCCAAGUGGCACUCAGGAUGUAGAUAAAUGAAAUGGCAAAUGCCAUGCCACAGAUCCUUGGCCAGGGGACAGAGCUGAUGCUGCACCCUUCAAACACUGCCUGAGGCCACCCGCUCUUUCCCUGGUGGGGAGCAGCCCCCAGAGCCCAGGAGGAGAUCCAAGCACCAGGUCUUUAUUCCUGGGCUCAAUUCCCAGUCCCUAGGUCAUUCACGUCAGUCCCCAGGGCAUCUGCGUUGGUCCCCAGGGGAUCUGUGUCCCCACCAUCUCCUAGCAACCGGGACGCAUGCUGCAAAGCCAAGGAAUUCCUUGCUGGGCAGGGACUGGAUGGCAGCACCUGGCCGCUGCAGCGUCUCAGCUGCUUUUUGGGAGCACCUGCGGUGCCUGUGUCUGCAGGACUUCCCCUGCGGCCUUGGCAGCUGGGUGGGGUCAGGCCACAGCCAUGGGACUUUGUGGGGGUCUGUAGGGCUGUCACUGCCUCUCCUCUCUUCUCUGCAGAACAAGUCCAGCUUCAAUGCACGCAGAAGCCCCCGCGGAGGCUGGACGGGGCUGGGGGAAGACCCAGCUGGGCAGGAGGAGACCUCGUCGCCGGGUGAGGAGAGCCCUGAGGUGCUGGUGGAGCUGCUGAGGGACCGGCACAGCCCUUGGGCCCUGCCACCACACGGCAGCCCCCACGACCAACUCCUGCGGGAAAUGGCUGUGGUGACACCCAAGCUUGUCCGUGGCUCCAACGUCUUCCAGUUCUUCAAGUCCCUGCGGAUUGUUGGCAAGGGAGUGGAGGAGGUCGACGAGGGUCUGUUGCGGCUAGAGCAGCUGGAGGAGCUCAUCCUCAGUGCCAACCAGAUCAGCAGGAUAACCUCGGCCAACCUGCCCCGAACACUGAAGGUCCUGGAGCUCUGCUGCAAUGCUGUGGCUGAUCUGCAGGACCUGUGCACUCAGCCUCCUCCAGAGCUGCAGCACUUGGGGCUGGGAUACAACAGGCUGUGCGGCCCUUCGCAGGACAAGUACCUCACUUCAGACUUCUGGCCAAAUCUCGUCUCCCUUGACCUGAGCUUUAACAACUUCACAGAUCUGUUGGGGCUGGUCUCCCAGCUGUCCAGUCUGCAGAAGCUCCGCAUCGUGGUGCUCCAAGGAAACCCGCUGGCUCUCAUUCCUGCUUACAGAGGCUUCCUUGUGGACAGCCUGCCCAAGCUCUCUGUCCUCGAUGACAUCCACAUUGGGCCUGAUGAGAGGCACCAGUUCCACGGUUUGGCAAAGCAGCCAGAGUUGGCCAGGAGUGAAGCACGAGUGGCUGUGAGCAUUGGAGAAAUCAAAGGUGUCCCUGAUCCCCGUGCUCUUCAGAAGCUGAAGGCUGCCUCUGAGGCUCCAGUGAUCACCUACAGCUACUGUGUGGUGUACGAGUUUGAGGAGGGAGAGGAGAUCGAGCACAGUAGCAGCACGGAGGUAACAAAAAUCCAUCAGAGUCCCAUGGCGGCCACCCUGGAUGUGGACAGCUCUGCUCAGGAUACAGGCGAAACAAAGAGCCAGCGGGACCCUGCAGCCACCGAGGAGCCCAAGGCCCACUCUGGAAAGGUGUUUGUCACCCCUGGAAAGCCCUGGGCAGACACCAUCGACUGCAGCUAUAGGAAGGAGCACGUUGCCAAGGAUUUAGUGAGGCUGAAGUCCUAUCUGGAGGCUGGAAUGUUAGUCUCCGUUGUGGAGGAGAAGGUGCUCUCGUGGCCUGUCUGUGCUGAUCCAGAAGAAAACGCAGUGACAAAAAGGAAGGGAGAACGGGAGGUGCAGAAGGAUGGUGCCAAGGGUCCUGUGCCCAAGGACAAGCCAAAAAAGAAGAAGAAGAAGGAGCCACCACGUCAACUCCGCAGUGACCCUCCUAUUCGGCGGACGCUGGGCACCAGGAGGGUGACCCUGGAGACCCUGCUGGCCACCGAGGACCUGAUGGCAACUGUGUGUGACUUUGGGAUCCUGAUCACAGAGCAAAUGCUGCAGCCACCAAGUCUGGAGGAGAAGGACAGGGAAAAAGGCAAAGACAAGAGCAAAAGACCAAAAGCAGAGAAAGAAAGUCAGCCCAGCCGGAAAACCACGGCAUCUGCCAAAGGAAAAAGUAAAACCAAAGACUCUGCUGAACUGGAGGAGGGUCGCGGGCUCCAGCCGGUGCCGCUGACAGUUCAGAUCCAGAUGCAGCUGCUCCGGUGGCCCUCAGCAGCCGGUACCCAGAGCCAGGAGAGCAUGGCCAUGGCGGUAGGGAAAACUCAGUGAUGUGUCCAUCACAAAACAGUGAGUGGGAAAUAAAACCCACGGGAAUGCUGUGUGGAUCUUUGCUCACCUGAAUGGCCAGGGCUGGGAGUUGCCAUGGCUCUCUUGGUUGUCUGAGGCUGCUGCUGAGCUUGUAAAGGGGCUGCGGUGCGGGGUGCAGGGUGGGGUGUGCCAUUUGCAGUACUGGGGGGUGUGUGGUGCAGGGUUGAGUGUGCAACGUGCAGUGUGUGGUGCUCGUGUGCCGGUGCAGUGCCGAGGCUGCAGUUCCCGAGGCGCAGAGCUCAAGGGUGCAGUUUCUGGGGUGCAGUUCCUGGUGAGUAGCGGUUGUUGUGUGGUGCCCAUGGUGCACUUCCCAGGGUGCAGAGUCUGGGGUGCAGUUCCUGGGGUGUAGAGCUCAGAGCCUGGGGUGCAGUUACCAGGGUGCAGAGCCCAGGGUGCCAUUCCUGGGGUGUAGAGCUCAAGGGUGUAUUUCUCAGGAUGCAGUUCCUGGGAUGUGCAGGUCCCGGUGAGCAGUGGUCAGUGUGCAGUGUCCGUG